UUAGAAACGGAUCGAACAAUCACUCUCAUACAUGUUUUCUUUGCAUUAUUAGAUGCAUGUUUGUUAAAGAAAACAUAAAAACAUAAAAAUGGAUGAAAAUAGAAAUACAAGUGUUUUCAAAUUACGUUCGUGAAAUGUUUGGUUCUUUAUAUUACGGAGAAUGGGAGGUUGCAUUGGUAUAACGAGGGCAAGAACUGCCUCUGUGGACGAUACCUCAGCAAAUUCAACUAGAACACAUUCAGGUAAUUCAAGGAAAAAUCAUCCACUCAGUCAUGAGAUUAUAAGAUGGAAAUCUGACGUGCCAUUGACUGAAGGUCAAUUACGGAGUAAACGUGAUGAGUUUUGGGAUACAGCUCCAGCUUUUGAUGGAAGAAAAGAAAUUUGGGAUGCUCUUAGGGCUGGUGCAACUGCUGCUGAAGCACAAGAUUAUCAAUUAGCACAAGCGAUACUUGAUGGCGCCAAUAUUUCAGUACCGAAUGGAUAUUUAACAGAAUGUUAUGAUGAAUUGGGUACGAGAUAUCAAGUGCCUAUUUAUUGUUUAUCGUAUCCGAUAAAUAUUGUUAAAGAAGAUAGUGGACGAGAUUCGCCCGCUGAUUGUUCAGAACCUGUUGAUGGAGGUAUAGAAAUAACAUUGAAAUUGAGACUGUCGACAACAUUAGGUGACGUUAAACUUCCUGUUUAUAGUAAAGAUACUAUAGGAAUUGCUAAGAAGAAGCUUCAGAGUCAAGAAGGACUAGAACCAUCAAAACAAAGGUGGUUCUUUGGUGGAAAACUACUUGGCGAUAAAAUGUUAAUAGACGAGGCGAAAAUACAACCGGGAUAUGUUAUACAGGUUAUUGUUAAUACUGAAAAGGAUGACAAUUCGAUAAGUGGUAGUUGAGAAAGGUUCUUAAAUAAUAAAAAAAACUGAUAAACAAAA